UCAGCAUCAUUUGUGCGAUAUUGAAUAUAAACCUUUGAGUUUCAGAGAUUCUGUUUGAAAAUUUGCCUGGAUUCGAGUUUGGAUCCUCCAUUAAUGAUGAAGUGGAUGUGCAUGGUCUCCUCUUAUUCGCCGCAGGCUUAUUAAUGCCCUUAGAAUAUUAGGGCCCUUACCCUUAAAAUAGUAGGGAUAGGGGGAACCCCUACUUAGAAGAUUGAAUGGUGCAAGGAGAGUUUUGAUUGCAUUCAAGGCCUGGAAUGUAAAUCAACCAAUAAGGCAUAUACAAAUGGAAGAACACGAGUAUAACAGAGCAAUGAACUGCAACUUUCUGAAAAGCAUUGGGACAUUGAAUAUAACAAAGUUCAGCGCAAAUGUACCGGCCAAGCUUUCAGCAAGAGAUUCAUAUACAAAUUCUUCUGAUUCCGCGGAUGAUUUCAGUAAUGUGUUUGGAGGGCCUCCCAAAUAUAUUGCACUGAAGCGAUUCAAAGAUCCUCGAAAAGCUUAUUCACUGUUGCAGCCUUCGGUUGGGGUUUCAGGCCUAGUCCAGUCUGAGGUUUCUGUGUUCGGAGAAACCAGGAGAAGAUAUGUUAAUGAUGAAUUCUACAAUGAUAUAUUUAGUGGAGAUAAAGUUUAUAGUGGUGGAGAAAUUUCUGGUAAGAGUUCGAGAUCAACAUCCAGGAACCCCAGUCCUGCUCAGACUCCUCUUCCCGGGAUUGAGUACAAGACCUUGGCUAAUAGAUGUCGGUCGGCACCAAAGCUCAGGCAGCCUGUAAACACACCAAAACAAUCAGAGCAUCCAUCUUUUGGCAUAUCUUCACAUCGUGGACCUUCCAAGUUUUACAAUGAUAGUUCCAUUGUGUCUAUUGUCCAGUCUUCUCCACCUGAUCCUUCCUCAGAUCUUCUGGAAAUUCCUUCUGCACAUUGGGGCAAACCCUCCAAAAUAUUAUCUGAGGGAAAACAGGGGCUUAAAAAGAAGCAAGAAAUUAGCGUGCUUCCUCCACGAAGCUCUAACUCUUUUCUGGAAGCGAGCGAGUCUAUACCAGGAAGCUCAGCUAGGUUAAGUAAUGUUAAGCUCUACUCUACUGCUCAAACUACACCAUGCAGCAAUACAUCUGAUGAUGAAUUUGGGGGAAAUAUUCAAGGAUUGGAUAAGCAUAGAAGUGGGGGAUUUUCUAAGCUGGCUGAAGAAAAACAUGGCUCAGAUUGUGCUGAAGGAUCUAAUUCACGAGAAAAGGAUGACAAUGGUUUUGAAAAAUCCCCAUUACCGGAUCUUCAGCUACAACAUAAGUUAAGAAGCUGUAGAGAUUGGUUUUCUGAGUCCAAAGGGUUGGAUUCAAAUAAAAAGACUGGAUCCCUUUCAGUAGACUCAUUGGAGUUUUUCUCAACCAGAGAAAUUCAUUCAAAAAUUGGGAUCUCCAACACACAAGAAGUAAGCCAAGAGAUUGGAACAAAACAGCUCAGCACAAAUGACACUGACAGCGGUGAAGAAUCAGAUGAACUUGGAUCAUAUGUCAUUGAGAUUGACAGCAAAAGAGGGGAGACCAUUGUUUUUCUUCCUGAAAGACACACAGGAAUAGAUACUAGCAAUGCUCAUAAUCUGUUGAUUUCAUCAAUGAAAGAAACAAUGGAAAGUGCAAAACAGGAAUCUCUUCCAAACAGGCCAAGGAAACAUUGGGAUCGCAAUAUCAAAGGCAGUAAAUUGAGACUACACAGUUUAUUACAGGAGACAUGUAAUUUUGAUCUUUCAAGAGAAGCAAGGAUGCAAACAUUUCAAACUAACAAAGGAAAGGGAAGGGGCAGGGAGUACAGCAAAAUGCCACCUAAACCAAAUAUACCUGAAACAUCUCCAUGGCCAACUCCAACUCCAGCAGUGAAAGAACAAAAUGCAAAAGAAGAUUUGAUAACAGAAAUCAAGAUGGCAGCUCCAUGGGAUCCAUAUUCUAUUGAUCCUUCAACUAUGGUGAAGGAGGUUACUAAUGGGAUAAAGAAAUGGCACCAUGAACAACCAGUGGUUUUCCAAGAAAUGCCACUAGCAUCAGAAAGACAGAACUAUAAUGCAGCACCAUAGAAUCUGCUUUCCACUCACAUUGCAGGAGAAAGAAUUCUUUCAAUCAGCUAUCCAUUCACAUUGCAGGACAAAACACUUUUUCAUGCUCCAAACCAGAGCAUCAACUAAUUUUUCCCUCCCUAUAAUAAAAAAGAAGAUAUAGAGUAUUUUGAGUUGAUUAUCUCAAAGCGGAUCCUUUUCAGAUGUAAUAGCUGAAGAGGAAACUGCAGAAAUCUAGAGAAAAAGAUUUGAGAAUGAACAUCAUCUUCGGACUAAAGAGAGUGUGGUAUGUUAUGCAGCUACUAAAAGCUUUUGCCAAUCGAAUCAGACAUAUCCCACUGCUUAUGGUUCAGAGAAGAUAUAUAUUCUUGACAAUGUCAUUGCAGUUUAGGAAGGUAUGGAAUGCGCAUGUAAAUCAAAUCAACAAACUCUCUUCAUCAAAAAUUGACUUCAGAAAGCCUUAUGAUCAAAUUGAAUGGUCCUUCCUUCAUACUUACCAUGCUUAGGGCUCUUUCCAUUGGUCCCAUUUUUUAUCUAGUUGGUCCAAAUGCCUUUAUGUAUAUGACCGGGCUUGCCCUACCAUUAAUGGUGUUCAAUAGAAGCACUUUGGCCUCUUUCAAUCUA